CCGGAGCCCGCAGCUGUAGCGCCUGCCGGGCUCCCGCUGCCUGCCCGGCCCCGACCCUGCUCCCGCCACCCGCCGAGGACAUGGAUGCUUCCCUGGAUGCAUGGGACCACUUCUACACGCCUUUGAUAACAUUGUGGGUGAACAGGUUUUAUGUGUACUUGGGGCUGGCCUUUGGCGUUAGCCUGUGCAUCUGCAUUCAAGUCAUCACCAAAAAGCUUGGUGACAGAUCAGCUGGGAAAUCCUCCCUCCAGAGGGCCACCUCAGCUCCUGUGGCCCCUGUGGCUCCGGUGUCCAACGGUCCCACUUCCCACCAGAAGAAAGACGUCUAUGUGUCUGGAGUGAAGAUCUUCUAUGCUUCUCAGACAGGCACCGCAAAGGGAUUUGCAGCAAGUCUGGCCAAAGCAGUAACGGCUCUUGGUUUGCCUGUGGCAAUCAUUAAUUUGAAAGAAUAUGACCCUGAUGAUCACCUGGGAGAAGAGGUAACCAGUAAAAGUAUUUGUGUGUUCCUGGUUGCUACCUACACUGAUGGCCGACCACCAGACGGUGCAGAGUGGUUCUACAAAUGGUUACAGGAAGCAUCGAAUGACUUUAGAUUUGGCAAGACUUAUCUGAAGGGCAUGAGAUACGCAGUCUUUGGAUUGGGAAACUCAUUCUAUGAGGGCAAUUUUAACAAGGUCGGCAAAAACGUCGAUAGAUGUUUGUGGAUGCUCAGUGCCAGGCGCGUCAUGACCUGCGGGGAGGGAGAUGGCAACGUGGCGAGGAGUAGGCACGGGAGCCUGGAAGCCGACUUUGCUGCUUGGCAGACCCGAUUCCUUUCCCGGCUGCAGGACCUGAGCCACGGCAGCAGCGGUGAGAAGAAGGCCUGCCGCAGCCACCGCCGGGGCAGCUGUGAUAAAGGCGAAUGCAGACUUAAGAAGGAGGGCAAGGGUGUGGGGCCAGUGGGGCCCCGGCAGGAGGCCCCAGAGGAGGAAGGACAAUUUGAAACCACGAGUGAGGAGGAGUCAGGUGCUGAGGAGGGCCAGGGCCUCGGCCCAGUGAUGGAUGUGGAGGAUCUCGGCACGAUGGUGAACAGCAUGAAGAAGGCGAAGAAAGAAAGGGAGGAGCAGGACAUGAAGCUGGAUUUCUCCCGGGGUACGUGGAAGAAUGAAGCCCAGGAAAAUCGAGAGAUGAUCACACCCGCUCUCCGAGAAGCCCUUUCCAAACAAGGUUAUCAGUUGAUUGGGAGCCACUCUGGAGUGAAGCUGUGCCGCUGGACCAAGUCUAUGUUGCGAGGCAGAGGAGGCUGCUACAAACACACUUUCUAUGGCAUUGAAAGCCAUCGCUGCAUGGAGACCACCCCAAGCCUGGCAUGUGCAAACAAGUGUGUCUUCUGCUGGAGGCACCACACCAAUCCUGUGGGUACCGAGUGGCGAUGGAAGAUGGAUCAGCCCGGUAUGAUCUUACAACAGGCCAUCGAAAAUCACCAGAACAUGAUCAGACAGUUUAAAGGAGUUCCCGGUGUGAAAGCCAGUCGCUUGGAGGAAGGUCUGCAGGUGAAACAUUGUGCCCUGUCGCUUGUAGGAGAGCCCAUCAUGUACCCAGAAAUCAACAGCUUCCUGAAACUGCUACACCAACAUAGAAUUUCCAGCUUCCUGGUCACCAAUGCCCAGUUUCCCAUGGAGAUCAGGAACCUGGAGCCAGUUACCCAGCUGUAUGUCAGUGUGGAUGCCAGCACCAAAGAUAGCCUGAAGAAAAUUGACCGGCCACUCUUCAGGGAUUUCUGGCAAAGAUUCCUCGACAGUUUAAGAGCCUUGGCUGCCAAGCAACAACGCACAGUGUAUCGCCUGACCCUGGUGAAGGCUUGGAAUGUGGAGGAGCUCCAAGCCUAUGCGGAGCUGGUGUCCCUGGGGGAGCCGGACUUCAUUGAGGUGAAGGGUGUGACCUACUGUGGAGAAAGCUCUGCCAGCAGCCUCACCAUGGCCAACGUGCCUUGGCAUGAGGAGGUGAUACGCUUCGUGGAAGAGCUUGUGGAUCUGCUCCCCAACUAUGAAAUUGCUUGUGAGCACGAACACUCCAAUUGCCUCCUGAUUGCGCACACCAAGUUCAAGAUUGACGGGGAAUGGUGGACCUGGAUUGAUUAUGACCGAUUCCAGGAUCUCAUCCAAGAGUACGAGGCCAGCCAUGGGUCAAAGACCUUCAGCACCAAGGAUUAUGUGGCCAAGACUCCCCAUUGGGCAGUCUUUGGGGCCAGCGAGCGAGGUUUUGAUCCCAAGGAUACAAGAUUCCAGAGGAAGAACAAAUCGAAGGACAUCUCUGGCUGUUGAGACUCAGACUUAGUUGGGAGAUGGAAGCUGGGACCAUAAUGGCCCCAGAACUGACUAGUCCUAACUAACUGUGUGAUCACAAGGACAAAGAACUCAAGUGAAUUUUCAUGCAGAGAAUAUUCAAAAAGCAGAAUUUUGGGGAGAAGCCCUGCAUUUGAGAAGGAAAAGACGGAGCCCUAACCCUUUAAGAGCAUGAAUGUGUUUCACCGUAGGACUGAGAGUUUUGCCUCUUUUAGAUCUAGUAGGGAAAUGACCAGCAGAUCGGAACUACCAUUGGUGGACUUUGACUCAAAGGGCAGUGAGCACAAUUAUCAUGUCUGGUGCUGACCUGAUGUUAAGGGAUGAGCUGGCAUGGGCCAGGUCUCACUGCCUGGUCACCCUCUCAGCAUCUAGACUCAGCACCUGCAUCGUCAUAAUGGACACCUGCCCUUCUGAAUUCAGAUCGCUGGUCUUUUAGAAGAGUAGUUUCUAAGAACCAUCCAAUUUGCCGUGAAUGGAGGUGGUUUUCCUGCUAUGUGGUUAGCUCUUCACUUUUCUGACUCUGUGCCAGCCCUUUGUGAAAUGGGAUUGGUCUUCUGUUGCAAUCUACUUUGCAUUCCGUUUCUCUCUGUUUCCAUGCCACUUCCUAAAGAGCUAAUCCAUGGAUGGAUUAGAAAGAAAGCUUCUCUGCACCAGGGGUAAUUGCAGUGUGAUUGCGUUGGAGUAUUUCUCCCAUCCAGAUUCCAAAACCAGGAGGACAAUUUGCUUUUUAUGCAAACAAUAAAUUUCCAGGCAUCUUAUAGCCACGUAUAAAGUGGGCCCCUGUCUUCCCUUCAUUCUUAGAGGUAUUGCUGUUCACAUGAAUCUUGAGGUCCAUUUCUUUCCCAGCAGAGAGCUCCCACAGUCCCCAGGGCUUGGUUUUUUGGAAGGUCACCAUGGUUAUUUUAAAAAUGCCUUCAUCCCAGGAACUGAGCUUAAUAAAAUAUUCUUUUUGGAAUGCUUGGAA